UCCUGAAAAAACCCACCUCAGUCCCGUCCUCCUUUCAGGGCCCAAUGGCAGUUAAUGCUGCUCUGGCAGGACUCCCGGCAGAAAAAUGUCCCAUCUGCCUGGAUGACCUGCGAGACCCUGUCACCAUCGAAUGUGGGCACAACUUCUGUCGCUCCUGCAUCCAGCAGUCCUGGGCUGAUCUACAGGACAGGUUCCCUUGCCCUGUGUGCCGUCACCCAUGCCAAGAGAGGUGCUUGAGGAGCAACACCCAGCUGGGAAGGAUGGUUGACAUCACCAAGCUCCUCCAGAUCACCAGGAGCAAGAAGAGGCAGGAAGAGAGGCGCUUGUGUGAGCAGCACAACCAGGCCCUGACCCUCUUCUGUGAGGAGGACCUAGAGCUGUUGUGUCCCCUGUGCACUCAGCCCCCUGACCACCAGGGCCACCAGGUGAGGCCCAUGGAGGAGGCUGCCUCUCAUCACAGGCAAAGGCUCAACAGUUACACUGAGCUCCUGAAGAAGCAGGUGGCAGACCUUCAGAAAUCAAUAAGCAUCCAAAGCAAAAAACCCUUAGAGCUGAGAGAGAAGGUGCAAAAACAGGAACAGAAAUUAGCCUCUGAAUUUGAGCAUCUGUUUCAAUUUAUGGAGCGCGAGCAAGAGGCAGUUCUCUCAAGGCUAGCUGAAGAAGAGAAGGACAUUCAACGGAAACUCAUUGCCAACACAACUGCAUUUUCAGACCAUCUUUCCAACCUCAGAGGUCUAGAAAAGGAGGUGGCAGAGAAGAAGCAUGUGACACCAGAUGUGAAAAUGCUGAUGGAUAUCAAGGGUGUCCUCCACCGUUGUGAUAACCUGAAACCCCCAGCUGUCUAUUGGUUCCAGUUAAGGAGAGAAGAAUGCAGUCUUCCUCCGCAGUGUUCGGACCUGCAGAAAAUUAUACAGAGAUUUAGAGAAGAAGUUACCCUGGAUCCCAAGAGGGCACAUCCUAAUCUGCUUGUGUCUGAAGAUAAAAAGUCUGUGACAUUUGUGAGGAAAAAGCAAAGAGUUCAUCAGAAUCCAAAGCGAUUUGCGGUCGACCCAGUUGUCCUGGGUACUGAAGGGUUUGACUGUGGCCGACAUUACUGGGAGGUCCAGGUGGACGACAAGCCUGAGUGGGCCGUGGGGGUCUGUAGAGACUCCCUUUCCAAGGAGAGAAAGCAGCCCCUGCUAAGACAGGAGAACAGAUGUUGGACGAUUCAGCUGCAGGAUGGUGACUAUGUGGCACGCGGGUCUGUUCCUGUCCCCCUUGUGCUGAAGGAAAUGCCCAGAGGGAUUGGCAUCUAUCUGGACUAUGAGUUGGGGCAGGUUUCCUUUUACAGUUUGAAUGACAUGUCUCACAUCCAUUCCUUCAGGGAUACAUUUUCUGAAGUGCUAAAGCCUUACUUCUAUAUCGGAUGUGACCCCAAACCUCUUACUGUCUGUGCUUUAGGAGAUUAG